GGGCGGGGGCGCGCUUCCAGGCACAGCCCGGCACCAGGGGCUGCCCCCGCCGUCCCUCUGCCCCAAGCUUCCCCACUCGGGGCUCGGGAGCCCCUAGGAUGCCGUCCCUUGGCUCCAUUACGGCACCUCUGGGUGGAAAGGAGCCCUUCUCACGCUAGGGAUCCCAGGCAGCAAAACGCAGGCACAAGGAAAUUCGGGGAAGUCGAAACAUACACGUAUCGGGGUUGAGAUUCUCUUGCCCCCCCCAAUAACCCCCGUGCCUCCAAGAAAGCCCCUGAGGGACAGGUGGCGAGUGGGUGAGAAGGGUGACAGCGGCUGGAGGCUGGCUGCCCGGUACCCUGAGCUGAUCUGGGAGAGGGCAACUUGUUAGGGGCUCCCCACUUCCCGAGAGGGACAGAGAUUCGCUGUGGUGGCCUCCUUCCUCUUGAAUGGAACCUCCACACUGAAUCGAACCCUAGGCAGAGCCAUCACUUAUCAUUCAAGACCUUUGUGUGUAGUUCUUUUUUGCCCAACGAAAUCACAGUCUUCCAGAUAAGGAAUACACUUUUUGCUUCUUUUCCCUUGUGUAUGCAAAAGCAUUCAGAUAGAAACGAGUUAAUUAACACAUGUUUAGCAGCAACUCUGGUUCCGGUGCUGAGGAGUGCUGUUUGGGAUCCUUUUCCCUCGGUCCAUAGUCCUCAAGAAUGCAAUCAUGAGACAAUUAGAGAGGCAGCGUAAGGGAAUCUAUAAUCAGCUCCUUUAAGGGAUGAGGCAGAGGCUGCUGCAAGUUGAGCAUCGGUCUGUGGUCUUGUCUGUGGAGGGGGUUAACCAACCUGCCUGCCACACCCUGGCUGACUCCAGUGGGCCCUGUUCCGGAGACUGGGGUCUGAGGGGGACCCCCAGGGCUCCACCCAGUUUUCCUCAGCAUGUCAGAGUUCAGCGGCUAGAGUCGGGUGGGCUCCGAGACAACAAACGGGGCUCAGCAGAGAGGGGGUCUUUGGCGUGUGUCCCUCCACUAAAAUCCAGCCUCGAAGGGGCACAGCUGUUCUCCUCCCAGCCCUGCGGUCAGCUGUUCCCUGUGAGGUCAUCAUCGCUCACAGGGAUUCCCCAGUCAAUUCUGGGGUCACUAGGUGGCUUGGGGAGAGGUGGAAACCCGUGCUGAGGUCGUCAAGAGGCCGUUGGGAACACAAUGCCACCAACCAGGUCAGCGCUGGGCCGCCAGUGCUCGGGAUCUAGGCCGCCAAACCCCAAACCCCUAACCGAGAGCGCUCCGCCCCCAUCCCCGCUGCAUUCUGGAACGCGUAGUCCUGGAGCGGCCCUUUUCAAGAGGGCUGGGAGCACAUAAAAGGAAUAACAACAGCGGGGCACACUGGGAACCACGGCGCCGCGGCUGGGCGCCCGGAAAACGGACACGCGUUGCUUCCUGGGACUUGAAGUCCAAGGUUUGCCUCCGCGGUAGAACCGGAGCCCUGUAGUCGAGUGCUGCAGAGAGCGUGAGCGCAGACGGCUGGGGGUUGUAGUCUUCUUGUCCUCGGUCUCGGGCAUUGCGGGGAGACCUAGCCGUUUUAGGACUACAAGCCCCAGAAGGCCCUGCGCGGGCAGGCGGGGCGGGGCUGGAGGCUCAAGUGCCGCCUCCUCUGCAACGCCGGGGCCAGAGUCUUAAAACCGAGGGCCCGCAGGGGUCCCCGCGGCCGCCGCGAUGCAGAAAUACGAGAAACUGGAAAAGAUUGGGGAAGGCACCUACGGAACUGUGUUCAAGGCCAAAAACCGGGAGACUCAUGAGAUCGUGGCUCUGAAACGGGUGAGGCUGGAUGACGAUGAUGAGGGUGUGCCGAGUUCCGCCCUCCGGGAGAUCUGCCUACUCAAGGAGCUGAAGCACAAGAACAUCGUCAGGCUUCAUGACGUCCUGCACAGCGACAAGAAGCUGACUUUGGUUUUUGAAUUCUGUGACCAGGACCUGAAGAAGUAUUUUGACAGUUGCAAUGGUGACCUCGAUCCUGAGAUUGUAAAGUCAUUCCUCUUCCAGCUACUAAAAGGGCUGGGAUUCUGUCAUAGCCGCAAUGUGCUACACAGGGACCUGAAGCCCCAGAACCUGCUAAUAAACAGGAAUGGGGAGCUGAAAUUGGCUGAUUUUGGCUUGGCUCGAGCCUUUGGGAUUCCCGUCCGCUGUUACUCAGCUGAGGUGGUCACACUGUGGUACCGCCCACCGGAUGUCCUCUUUGGGGCCAAGCUGUACUCCACGUCCAUCGACAUGUGGUCAGCCGGCUGCAUCUUUGCAGAGCUGGCCAAUGCUGGGCGGCCUCUUUUUCCCGGCAAUGAUGUCGAUGACCAGUUGAAGAGGAUCUUCCGGCUGCUGGGGACGCCCACCGAGGAGCAGUGGCCCUCUAUGACCAAGCUGCCAGACUAUAAGCCCUACCCGAUGUACCCGGCCACAACAUCCCUGGUGAACGUCGUGCCCAAACUCAAUGCCACAGGGAGGGACCUGCUGCAGAACCUUCUGAAGUGUAACCCUGUCCAGCGUAUCUCAGCAGAAGAGGCCCUGCAGCACCCCUACUUCUCCGACUUCUGUCCGCCCUAGGCCCCGGGACCCCCGGCCUCCAGGCUGGGGCCUGGCCUAUUUAAGCCCCCUCUUGGGAGGGGUGAGACGGUGGGGGUGCCUGGUGCGCUGUGCUCCAGCAGUGCUGGGCCCAGCCGGGGUGGGGUGCCUGAGCCCGAAUUUCUCACUCCCUUUGUGGACUUUAUUUAAUUUCAUAAAUUGGCUCCUUUCCCACA